GUUUAUAUGCUGUCGCCCUAACAUUGGCUUCGUAACUCUUUCAGACAUAUUUUUAUUUUGUAAACAAACAUGAAGAUCACGAAAAGGGGAGAGUUUUCUAUAGAUGAAUUGCAGCUUAUUUCUGAUUUAGAUAGUAAGCAGUUUGGUUGUAUUAAGAACAAUAGCUCUGAAAAUGAUUUGUUGCGUGACUUAACCCGACGAGCUAUUUUCGUUUUGCAAGCCAUUACAUCUAAUAAUGCGAAAGAGUCGGAAAAUGCUGAAGAAAUACAUCAUCCAGAAUUAGAAAAACCAGCUUACUUUGACACCAAAUCAAAUAACACUAAUUUUUACAAGGAACAAAUACCUUUUCAUUCAAAUAAACUUGUUGAUCCUCAUACAUUUUGCAAAUUGGGGCAUCUGCACUUACUACUUGGGGAAUUUGAUGAAGCAUUGUCCGCGUACCAACAAUAUUUCAAGCGCGAGGAAAAUAGCAGGCGUAAUCUAGACUUUUUAUAUGGUCUGGGCAUAACAUAUUUCCAUUUUAACGCUUUUCGUUGGUCAAUUAGAGCUUUCCAGGAGAUAUUGUAUAUGAAUUCUCACUAUCCUUGUUCCAAUGAUAUACAUCUACGCCUUGGUUUUAUGCAUAAAAUUCUUGGAAAUUAUAAGUCAUCAAUAAAACAUUACACCCUUGCCCUCAUCGAUUCGUCACCAUGUACAUUUACAAAACAACUCAUAAAUGAUUUAUUUACAGUUCGUUUUCAUGUCGCUCACCUUUAUGAAGUUCAAAAUAAGUAUAAAUCAGCAAAGGAGUUGUAUGAACAAUUGCUUAACGAAAAGGAGCUGACAUUGGAACUCAAAGCUGCAGUAUAUAGACAAUUAGGAUGGAUGUAUCACUGUCAUGACUAUUUUGGUGAAAGAAAGCAACGUGAAUCGUAUGCAAUUCUCUGUUUGCAGAAAUCAAUAGAAGCCAACCCAAAAUCCGGACAAUCUUUAUAUUUGCUGGGUCGAUGUUAUGCCGGCAUUAACAAGGUCCAUGACGCAUUCAUUGCUUACAGAAAUUCUGUAGAAAAAAGUGAAGGGAAUGCAGACACAUGGUGUUCAAUAGGGGUAUUAUACCAGCAACAAAAUCAACCCACAGAUGCUCUACAGGCGUACAUAUGUGCUGUUCAAUUAGAUAAGAGCCACAAAGCGGCUUGGACAAAUCUUGGUAUUUUAUAUGAGAGUUGUAAUCAACCAAAAGAUGCAUUUGCCUGUUAUUUAAAUGCAUCUAAAACUUCUACUAGGGAUGUCCAAAUCAUAAAACCAAAUUCUUCAGACAAAUUUAAUGUCAGCAAAUGUUUGGAACAACGUAUUCGCUUUUUAAACUCCCAACUACUACAGGCUCCAAUGCCUAGUAUUACGUCGAAAAGACGACAACUCUGUUCAAUUGAAGAAGCUUGGAAUCUACCUAUAUCUCUAGAGAUGAGUUCACGUCAACAACAACAUAUUCAACAUUCAUUAAAUACUGGAAAAAGAAGAAUGGCAAAAAAUACACAGGGACCGCCACCGCCAUAUCCAAACACUCCAAUAAAACGCUUAAGAGACAGUGAUGGUUCUCAAAUUCGUCUAGGACCACAACCACAUAAAACACCUUUAUCUAAUGAACAGUUGCAAGUGUUAAAGUAUCUGCAGCAAAAAGAAGAACACUUAAAUGAGCAAGAAAAAAUAAUGCUUAAACAGUUGAAUAAUCAACAGAAAUCAGCAGAAAAGCUUCAAUUGCUCCCACAGCGAGGGAAUUCCAGUAGUAUGCUCUCGAUUGAACAUUCACAGUUUCCAGAUAUAAGUUCACAAGGUUUUAAUAAUGAUUCACAACAAUUGAAGUGUGAAGAUUAUGUUUCUCCAUUUCCUAACCAAGCCGAUCUGGGUGUCAGCGAUCAAGAAUUGCAAGAUAUUUUAUCUCAAAAAGAUUUGCCUACUUCUUUUACCGAUGAUAUAUUGAGAACUUUCGACGAAGAUACUAUUGAAAUAAAGGAAGAGAUUGAUAUAAAUAUAAAUCAGUCCCUAGAAAAGUCUUUAAAGUUUGAUAAAGUACAAUUUCUAACCGAAAAUGAUAUUUUAAAUGACGAAAUUAACAAAGUUUGUGACUUUGAAAAUGAUAACAAAAAUAAAAGCGGAUUUCACAUAGAAAUGGACUCCCAACAAAUAACUAUGGCAGUAAAAAGCUUGUCUUUAGACGAACCGCCUCCGCCAUGUUCCAUAUUAAGUAAUAACUCUAUACCCCCAUGUCCACCGGAUUGUCCUCCGCAACGAUUAACAAGGGAGCAGCUACUACCACCGACUCCAUCAGUUCAUUUAGAGAAUAAAAAACAUGCAUUUAGUCCUCAAUUGCAAGAAUUCUGUCUGAAACAUCCGAUUGCCGUGGUUCGUGGACUUGCGGGAGCAUUGAAAUUGGACCUUGGUCUUUUCUCGACAAAAACACUAGUUGAAGCGAAUCCUGAUCAUAGCGUAGAGGUUAGAACACAGGUCCACCAACCUCCUGACGAAAAUUGGGAUUCUACUCAGGCAAAGCGCGUUUGGGCCUGCAUUUCCCACAGAUCGCAUACAACUAUAGCUAAAUAUGCACAGUACCAAGCAUCAAGUUUUCAGGAGAGCCUAAAAGAGGAACGUGAUAAAAAUGGAUCGCAAGGGCUUGCUAUGUCAGAUUCGGACUCGAAAGAUUCUUUGAGCAGUGCGUCCAUAAGCGGAAAAAAGAAAAAAAACAAGAGCGGAAACAAAAUGUUAAGGUUUGGCACUAACGUUGAUUUAUCUGACGAACGAAAAUGGCGUCCACAACUAGCCGAGCUUCAAAAAUUGCCUGCUUUCGGCCGUGGUUAUAUCUGCUGCAAAUAUGCUCUCCUCAUGUUGGCCAUGUUAUAUUGGGAAUGAAUACAGUACAACUUUACAUGAAAGUGCCAGGAAGCAGGACUCCGGGGCAUCAAGAAAACAACAAUUUCUGUUCAAUAAUAUCAACAUCGGGCCUGGCGAUUGUGAGUGGUUUGCGGUCCCUGACGCUUACUGGGGAGGCAUUCAUAAUUUAUGCGAACAAAUAACAUAAGUUACUUACAUGGAUCUUGGUGGCCUGUAUUAGAUGAUUUAUAUAAAGAAAAUAUUCCAGUUUACCGAUUUAUACAACGACCCGGUGAUUUGGUUUGGGUCAA